CUCAUUUCUCUAGCAGUGCCGUACUUACCUACACAAGGCUAUCUAUCUAUCCAACUCGCCCAACCGUUCCCUUCCUCAAUCACUUACUGUGACCUACAUCACCUGCUACCUAGACUACCUGCCUACGAACAAGAAUCCUAGAAAAGUAUCAAUUACACAAAUAAUCAUACACUAUUGUCACAGCUCUCUCUGGCUUCGCUUUCUACUACGAGCGCUUUGUCGUGCCACUUGCGAGCCUGGACCGAAAUUCCCUCCCACCACCCUUGUACGCGACAGUAGAGCUGCUUUCGCACGUCGUCAUACAAUAUGUCUAUGUCUACAGCCAACACGCCCAUCAACCCUACCAGACUGCGGCAAAUCGCAAUGGACGCUUGCCAACUAGCCGUCGGUAGCGCUGAGUACUACGAGCACUCCAAAGUCCAGAGUUGGAACUCCACCAUCAUCAACUCUAUCCUCCGUGCUGUCAUUUCCGAGUCUACACCUAAGGGCGCGCAAGCGCCCACCUUUAAGUAUGUCGUCAAUAGCACCAUUGUGCAGCACCUAGUGCCCACAUCGGCGCUCAACAAGCCCAAGGGCGGAAGCGACAUCAAGGCCGACGAACCUGUAAUCAGCACAAGCACCGACUUACCAUCCGCAACAUCCACAGACGGGAAAUCGCACGUGGGUCGACGUGGCAUGCACUCGGCGACCCAGGCCUUCUGGAACGAGCAGACAGACGGCAUGUGGAGCUUCAAGUACGACGGUGGUGAGGGCAAAGGCAUGGACGUCGUCAUUAGCGUUAUCUGGAUCAGCAUAUAAAGGGGCAUGCCAUCUAUGCCUCUCAAUUCUCGAACCGCAUUGGGCUCAUUCUGCAAACUCGCAACUACCCUAGCAUCACUCAAGCCC